AUGGGAGCCCCUCUCUUCACUGAGUCCGCCCUGAACUCUCAGCUCGAGAGCUCCCAGCGUGAUCCCAGUCCUUGCUCCUCUUCUUCCGCUUCCUCGUCGCCUCCGUCUUCCUCAUCUUCCUCAUCUUCCUCGUCUUCCUCGUCUUCUCCGUCUUCCUUUUCUCCAUCUCCUCUCGCACUGCCUCGGAUUCGCAAGUUGGAUCUGUCCGUCGUUCAGCGCAUCGCUGCAGGGGAGGUGGUAUUGCGUCCUUCCUCUGCGUUGAAAGAGCUUUUAGAAAACUGCAUGGACGCUCGGAGUUCUUCGAUUUCCGUGACCGUGCAGAAUGGCGGAUUCAAGUUACUCGCCGUCAGCGACGAUGGCUGCGGAAUCUACCCGGAAGACUUACCCAUCUUGUGCCACAGGUUCACCACCAGCAAAAUGAAGUCCCUCGCCGAUCUCAGGUGCAUGCGCACCUUUGGCUUCAGAGGAGAAGCUCUCGCAAGUUUAUCUGUCGUCGGCCAUGUUGAAGUCACCACCCGAAUCGCCUCCCUUCCUCACGGAUACCGAUGCUCCUACGACAAAGGCGAACCCGUUCUCUCCUCUUCUGUGCCGGCUUCUCAUUCUGUUUCCUCCGGCUCGUCGCCAGUGCCUGCUGGGGUGUCCGUGGCGGCGCGGAGCCGUGGAACGACUCUGCGCGUUUCUCAGCUGUUCCACGCGUUUCCGGAAAGACGGAAAAUGCUCGCGUCCCCGCAAGAGGAAUACUCCAAGUGUCUCGAAGUCUGCACGCGCUACGCAAUCGACAACCCUCAUAUUAAAUUCACAUGCAAACGCCAAGACAAAACGCAGGCAGACCUCUCCACUUCUGGAUGGCCUCGGCUUUCUUCCUCAUCCUCGCCAUCUCUCUCUUCUUCGCCAUCUCUCUCUUCUGCUUCUUCUCAGUGUAUCUCUUCUUCCUCUUCUCCGUGCAUCUCUUCUUCCUCGUCUCCGUCUAUCUCUUCUUCCUCGUCUCCGUCUAUCUCUUCUUCCUCUUCUCCGUGUAUCUCUUCUUCCUCUUCUCCGUGUAUCUCUUCUUCCUCUUCGUCCUUUUCAUCCUCCUCGGUCUCUUCCCUGUCGCGUCUCUCUGUUCCGUGUGUGAAGAGCGAAGAGGAGGAACGAGCGCCGAGUGCGGAAGAACUCCGCCGGAGGAAGGAAGAGAGUCGCCGAGGCGGCCAGACGCUGGCCGUCAUCCAGAGAGCCUUUGGCUCCACUGUGCGGUUGGGUUUGAUGGAAAUAGACUUCUCGUUUUUUCUUCCCCACGCAGCGCGCCGCUUCGCCCCCAACUCACGGUGCCGAGACGCGGGUCGCGAGCGGCAGGGAGACGCCGGAACCGGAAGCGAGGACGAGGAAGCACAGAAAAAGAGCGGAGAGAACGCGCGGAAGGAGACAAACCGCGAGCAAGGAGACCGCGAGCGGGACGGAGACCGCGCCGGAGGAGAGAGAGGAGGGAACAGGGAGAACGUCGAGGGCGAGAAGUGUGGAGACGAAGAGGAAGAGACGGGAAACAGGGACACAGGGGACGAAGUGAAGCAGGCAGAAGAACAGCGAAACGCAUGCAAAGUAUCGGUGUGGGGAUAUGCAAGCCGCGUUUCCGCGGGCGCGAAACCUCCGGGAACUUUCAUUCUCUUCAUCAACAGCCGACUCGUCGAUGCUCCAGCUCUAAGAAAAAGCAUCGAAGGCGUCUACCAGGAACUGAUGCCCCGCGGCCUAAAGGCUUGGGUGUACCUCUCUUUCUCGCUGCCGGCGUGGCUCGUCGAUGUCAACGUGCAUCCGACGAAACAACGCGUGCAGCUUCUCUACGAGGACUUCGUUGCGGCGCACCUCUCGAGACACUUUCGAGAACGCCUCGGCUCGCAAACAUCCUCGCAGAUCUUCGACGUUCAGCGAGGCCUAUCUAGUCACGGCCCACCUGCCUCCUCCAGUUCGCCUGCAGCGCUCUCUCAACGCUUGCUUGUCGUUCCCUGGACGUCUUCGCAGGCCGACGACCACUCUGCUUCAUCCGCUUCUUCGUCUCCCUCUCCUUGCUCCUCCUCUUCCUCCUCUUCUUUUAUCUCUCGUUCGUUUGUGGACAGCGAGGGAGAGAGUCGAGGAGUUCGGACAGGACACGAAGAGAGAGAAACAAAUGCAGACGAUGGACAGUUAUCAGCGAGACUGCGAGACACUGCUCAAUCGAACGAUCGCGCGUCGAGCAACCUCUCCGCUCCUUGCGCCUCCUCUUCCCCCGUGUGCUGUUCUUCCUCUCGUUCGUCGUUCGCGUCUUCUCAGCCAGUGGCGACGAAGAAAUUGUUGAAUCCAGCGCGAGUUCGGACCGAUUUUCGCCAGACAACGCUCUCCGCCUUCCUCGCCACUGCGCGCUCAACCACCGUCACCCCAAAAUCAAAUUCCUCUUCCUCUUCUUCCUCUUCUUCCUCUUCCUCGUCUUCUUCCGCUUCGUCCACUUCUUCCACUUCUUCCUCUUCUUCCACUUCUUCCUCUUCUUCCACUUCUUCCUCUUCUUCCACUUCUUCCUCUUCUCUCUCGUUACCCGACGCGUGCCAGGACGAACCACGCAGAGCGUCCGACGCUGCGGGAGAGGGAGAGACAGCCCCGGUCGCGCGGUCCUCUGUGUCGUCUCCCGGAUGCAGCGGGGUGAAGCCACAAGCGUCGUUCUUCCGCUCUCGUCCUCCCCUUGAUCAGUUUGUCUUGCGCAAUUUUCCCAGCGACGCGUUGUAUCUCUCCUCGGUGCAAUCGCUGCUCCAGGCGGCCCGCUGCGCGGGCGUCGUUUCGGCGCGCUUGAGCGAGCGAGCGCGGGAAGGCGGCGCCGCUGCGGAAGAAGGCCGCGACGCUUGGCUGCAACAGGCAGUCUUCGUGGGACCAGUGAGCGAAACGCAUGCGCUUCUCCAGCACAAUCAUCUUCUGCUCCUCGUCGACCUCCAGAGAGUCAUGAGAGCGUUUCUGUACCAGUCGAUUCUGAUGCGGCUCGGCCGUCUCCCGCCGCUGGUUCUGAGUCCGCCGUUAGUCCUCUCGGAGCUCAUCCGCGCGGCUCUCCGUCGGCGUCAGCGAGUUGCCAAGCCUGACGAGAACGCAGAGCCCAGUGGGAACGGCGUUGAGGCGGCGCAUGCAGCGACCGCCGAGCGCGCGCUGAGGCGUCUGGUCAGCCGUCGCUUGCUCCUUUGCGACUAUUUCAGUCUCGGCGUGGUUGCGGAGCCGCGCGCGCCACUGAAGAAGAAACGCACGAGAGCAGAGGUGGACGAAGACGGCCAGGAAAUCGCCAAACAGACAUGGCUCCUCAAGACAAUGCCUCUGGCGUGCGGCACUUACUUCCCCCUCCAGAGUCUCCCGACCCUUCUUCUCGAGCUCGCUCUGGACAGUUGCAAACUUCAGGGCGUGCCGCCACGUCUGUGGGUGAAGCCCGUAGGAGUAGAUGACUGA